AACACUCUUUUAAGCUAAUUUGGCUUUCCUGCUUGGCUUUGUCUACUCUAGCUUGGAUCUUGCGCAUUGCUUAAAAGGAACGCAAUAGACGCGAUCUUAAUUUUAAAAAUGGAAAAUACAAAUGCUAACUGGCAGGAUCUUCGACCCCGCGAGCGCAUGGAAUAUUUACUGAACUCCGGUCACUUGUCGGAUUGCAGCUUUAUGGUAUUUGAUGAGGAAGGCAACAAAAUAGUGCUAAAGUGCCACAAAUUUGUCUUGAUGACUGCAUCACCGGUGUUUGAACGCAUGUUUGACGGUGAUUUUGAGGAAUCAAAGAGUCCGGAUAAUAUUGUCCUGGACGAUGUGUCUGGCCUUGACUUUAAAAAAUUCAUAGAAUAUUUAUACUGGCACGAUAAUCGUCGGCUAGACGGAUUCGAGCUUUCUACAUUACAAACGCUGAUCUACUUAAGCAAGAAGUUCAUGGUUUCUACAAUGACCACCAACUGCCUGAACGUGAUCAAACGCCGAUUGGCGAUCGGCUUGGAUUCUGAUACUACAGUUGAUCUUUACGAAUAUGCUCAUCAAAUCGAAGAUAUUGAUCUUAUUGCAGGUGUGAAAACGCAUUUGUGCAACAAUCCCACUAUGUAUAUCGACACAGCUGCGGUUUACGAGCUGGGAUCAGAAAUAUUCUUGAAAUUCAUAAGCGAAUUCGAAUUACUGGUUGAGGAAAAAUUACGUUUUGCGGUCAUUGAUCGCUAUUGCCGAAUCCAGGGCCUCAUCAAAGCCCCUUUGAAGAUCCUGAUUAAGAACGACGAUUCAGAUACUGCUCACUUAAAAGUAAAACCACAAUCACCAGAAACAAUGGCGUCCGCAAACAUAAUUGUGCCGACUGAAGAAACUGAAGAAUUUUUAAAAGACAAAACAGAUGAAAACGAAAACGAUGUAGAAAACGAUGCUAAGGAAGUGGAUAAUGCUGAACAAGAGCAUAAAAACAAACGAGAGCAACAAAAGAAAAAAGAAUAUAUUAAAAAGCUAGUAAGCACCAUACGGUUCACUUCAAUGAAUCCAUACGAUUUCUGUCGUGGACCGGGUAUAUCGGAUUUGUUGACUGUUGAAAGGAAGUAUCAGUUAUUAUCCAGUAUUUGCAUUGCUACUGAAAAAAUGCGUUUAAAUCGUGAGAGCUUUCUACAUUCUGGUACAUUCGAGUAGGUUUUUUUGUUUUUGUUAUAAUAUAAACCUAAACAUAGUAUCAUCAGGAAAUGCCAUGAUUGUCUUGCAAAAAAAAAAAAUAUUUAUCUUUAUUUUAUUUUUAUAUCAUACAGAGGGUUAUCUAAAUUUCAGCAUGCGAAUGAAUUUAACCACUCAAUCUAUAAAACUCAAAGCCUUGGCUUAUAUUAUUAUUUAAAUAA